UUGCAACUGACUAAACACUCGUCCUUUAUGGGUGAUGGGGUGUCACGGGCAUUCCUCCGAGCCCAGGCUCUGCUGUUUGGCAGCUAUAGAGAAGCCCUCCUCUACAACCUGGGGGAGCCAAUCUCUUUCUGCCAGGAGACUUUCCUCAACCACAAGGGCAGCUCCAUGAGAUCCUUCCUGCAGAAUGCUGUCCACCUCCAGCUCUUCUCACAGUUCAUUGACAGUCGGUUGGAGAAGCUGAAUUCCGGUGAUGAAUUCACAGAUGUAUUCGAGCAAGAAGUCACCAAAUGUGGACUAUCAGGGGCCUCCCGUUCUUACCAGCUGUGGCUAGAAAACCUCAAGAAAGGAGGAGGAACGUUGAUCAUUAAUAUGAAGAACAGAACACAUCCUACUGUCAGGAACAUGCUACGAUAUGCAAAGGGUCAAGCCAAGACCAGUCUGCAGGAAAUGAAGAGACGCAUUAAACACAAGGACCAACGCCAGAUCCAACGUAUGGGCUCCUUCAAAGCCGAUGGAUCUCCAACUGAAAACCAUGACAGACUGCAACACCGGCUGCCAAUCACACAGCACUUUGGACAGUCCCGUCCCAGGAGACCGGGGAAGAAAUAUUCAGAGAGUGACCCUUGGGAGUGUCAGAGAUAUGGUGAAGAUGGUACAAGUGAAGAAGGGGACUCGGGGCCUGCAGAAGAGAAUGAUUUUCCUCUUCUUGAUGACAGCAUGGAUCUUCUUAAUGAAAUAUUUGAAACCCUGAACACAAGAGCACCUGGAGGGGAGCGUGCAUUGUAUGGGGCUCACAGCCUGGACUGCUUUAGCCUGGAUGACAGUCAGUACUUUGGACAGUCUAGUGAAGAGGAUCUGCGGCUCAGCUUGACCAGCCAAGACAUUCAGACCUUUGGUACCUGCCAGAAGUUGAUGAAGGAACUGGAGACGACUUGGAAUUUCCAGAGGACAAUUUGUCUACUCCAGACAACAUAUCAAAUGCCUCAGAUUAUGCUUCACCGAUUAUGGAUGUAGCAAUAUCAGAUACUAUAUCAACUACUCCAGACAGCUCUUUAGAGACCAAAGAGGACAUCUCUUCAUCAUCAUCUGGAGAUGUAACUUCCCAGAAGCCUGAUGUCUCUUUUUCCAUCACAGAAAAAUCUGUGUCAUCUUCAGAGGUGGUAGCUGCUGCUCCCAAAGUCAUUUCUCAGACUUCUUCAGUCACAAGGGAGCUCAAAAUAAUUCUGCCAUCCCCAGAGUUUGAAACUUAUCCUAACCAGAAA